CUCUCUCUCUCUCUCUCUCUCUCUCUCAAAAAAGCUUAAACCUUUCCCUUUCUCCUUUGUUUUCUUCACUUCCGUACUCUCUGCUGAAUCAAGCGCAAAAUCGAUGGAAGAUCACCACCACCACCCUCACUACGGUAUACCGGAGCUGCGGCAGCUCAUGAAAGGCGGCGGAGGAAGGCUGACGUCAUCUUCUCCGUCACCCCAUUUCCCCUCCGCCGCCGCGACGAUUCCGUCGGAGCUAUUCGGCUUCAAUCUCGGGCCGCAUCAUCAGCACCACCGGCUUCAGUUCGGAGAUCAGGAGAUGGGUUUCGUGCCGCGUGGCAUACAUGGGCUUUUCAUCGACUCUUCGGCCGGAGCGAGUAACGCUGCUAACGCUAAUGCAACUCUCGCUAGUACUAGCGGCAACGGCGGUGUUAGCCGUGGCGGGUUUGGUGGGUUUCUUGACGGCGGAGACGGCGGAGGAUGCGGGAGAUGGCCGAGGCAAGAGACUCUGACGCUGUUAGAGAUCAGAUCUCGCCUUGAUCAUAAGUUCAAAGAAGCUAAUCAAAAGGGUCCUCUCUGGGAUGAGGUUUCUAGGAUCAUGUCUGAGGAGCAUGGUUACAAUAGAAGUGGGAAGAAAUGCAGGGAGAAGUUUGAGAAUUUGUACAAAUACUACCGGAAAACCAAAGAGGGCAAAGCCGGGAGACAAGACGGCAAACACUACAGGUUUUUCCGGCAGCUCGAAGCUCUCUAUGGCGACACCAACCACUCGGUUUCUCUGCCCGAAACGCAAUUCAUCGGCAACGUGAAUGCAAAUCCACCGAAUAGUAAUAACCCCGGGGCGGUGAUCAAUGGCCUUCACCCUCUCCACCAGAAGAUCUUGACCGAUAAUAGCCUCAGCCUAUCUAACAACUAUAACUCAUCGGAGUUGGACACUUCUUCCUCUGAUGAUGAUGGCAAUCACUCUACUCGGAGAAAGAGGAGGGGCUGGAAGGCGAAGAUCAAGGAAUUCAUCGAUUUGCAGAUGAAAAGGUUGAUAGAGAGGCAAGAGGCGUGGCUCGAGAGGUUAGCCAAGACGAUUGAAGAUAAAGAGCAGCAAAGGAUGAUCAGAGAAGAAGAGUGGAGGAGAUUAGAGGCUGCGAGAAUCGGUAAAGAACAUUCCUUUUGGGCGAGGGAGAGGGAAAGGAUGGAAGCUCGGGAUAUUGCCCUGAUCGAGGCCUUGCAGUGUUUAACGGGAAGGCCGCUUAGGAAGGCGGCGUGUUCAUCUCCGGACGAGAGGAUUAACGGUAACGCGAUCCAGAACCACAGUGAGAAUCAGAACGAGAAUGGAAGCGAUCAAACGACUAACAAUGUAUGUCUGAAAGGCGACACGGGAUGGAUCGAGGCCGAGAUCACAAAGCUCAUGGAGAUGAGAACGAGCAUGGAAUCGGAGUUUCAACAGGCGAUGGCGGGCGGAUGUUCGGACGAGUUUCUGUGGGAGGAAAUAUCGGCGAAGUUGGCACGUUUAGGGUUUGAUCAAAGAAGUGCCUUGACGUGUAAGGAAAAGUGGGAGUGGAUCGUGAGGAAGGGAAACAAGCAGACUAACAAGAAAAGGAAGGAGAAAUCAUCCAACUGUGGCGUGUAUUUCCCGAGAACUGACGAAGAUCCGACGUAUAACGGCCAUGGAAAUGGAUACAACGACAAUAGAACCAGUGAUCAUCAUCAUCAUCAUCAGUUGAAUGAACAUGGCAAUGGCGGUCCAGUCACCAGCAAUGUGUGCUUCCCGUUCUUCAUGGGAGAUGGGGAUCAGAACUUGUGGGAAAGUUAUGGUUUGAAGCUAAGCAAAGGGGAGAAUCAGUAAGUUUUUAAGGAGGAGAAGAAGUCGUGGUUGACCAAUUCUUUCGGUUAUACAAUCAAAUCCUUGACCUAUACAUGAUGAUGGUUACGAUGCUUGAGGAAGAACUGUUGAGGUAAAAGUAGGGUUUAACCAAUGUGUUAUAAUUUAUAUUUAUGUGCACCUAUCUAUUUUGUAAACCUCCUUAUUAAUCUCAUUCCCUGCUUGUGUGUAUAUAUAUGUGAUUUGUGAGCGCCUCAGCUGCUUCAAAUUAAUUGCAUGGGA